UCUCCCCCCCCUGCCCCGGCGUUUCCCAGCCUGCAAAAUCCCCGGCGCGGCAGGCUAUAAAGAGGGCUCCGCGGCAGCGGGGGCUGGCGGUGAGGAUGGGGCUGCUGCCGGCAGCGCUGGCCCUGGCCCUGCUCGUGAGCAACUUGGUGCCGGGGUGCGGUCUGUCGCUGGAAAGCCUGCUGACCAACAUGCGGUGCAAGUGCAUCAAAUCGACCGCCCAGAUCAUCAACUUGGGGCUGAUCCUCGCCAUCGACGUUACACCGCCGGGUAUUCACUGCAGGAGGAAGGAGGUCAUCCUCACUCUGAAGAAAAAUAAGAAGGUGUGUGUGGCCCCAGAGGCACCCUGGAUCCAGCUGCUCAUCCACAAGCUAACGCAGAGGAACACCAUCAAGAAGGCCCGGCCACGGCGCAAGGCGGAGUGGUUGGCUGGGGGAGCACAGCAGUGGUGCCAGCCCCCUCGCAGCCCCCCUGCCCCAUAUCUCCCUCUGUCCGGACACAGUAAUAAAUAACCAGCCGUGGUUAUUUACUCCUAUGCGGGGACAGCGGUGACACAGCCCCUCUGUGCUGAGAUACGCUGGGUUUUGCGGUGUUAACGGUGACAGGAGCCUUCCUCGCUCGCCCCAAAACAAGGCUUCCCUCUCGGGCACCCGGCAUCGCCCCCCGUGCAGGGCAUCCUGGGCGCCGGCAAUAAAAGGAUGAACGUGCUUC